CCGGCGCGUCCCGGGCGCCAUGGCAACGGGUGCCGCGGCAAUGGCUUCUCGGCGUCGCGGCCGCGAGAGAACCAAUCUGUCUAAAGGACAAGGGCUUGAGAGGUCUCUCUUGGCCAGCAGACAGAAAGCCGACGAACUUCAAAAAUACACUGAUUUCCUAAAGCUCUACAGCCACUAUCACAGCGUCCAUGAGUGGCAGCAUCGCAGUGAUCAGAAAUGGCUGCACAACACGGCACAGCGAAGGGUGGAUGCAACAAUGCAGGAACUCUUGGCAGGGACUGAUGAGAGACGAAAAAGGCUCCGUGAGCUUCUGGAGGCUGAGGAGAGUAGGUACUUCACUGAGAUGGCAUCACUUGAAGAAACAGUGCUGGAGAAACAAGAGAAGAUGAGGAUACGAGCGAAACUGCUGAAAGAGAAGAGAGAAAGGGAAAGACAACAACUGGCAGCUGAGAAACGAGAGCAGCAAUUCAGGGAACAAUGCGAGGAGCUUCGUAUACAGUUGAUGAAACAGCAUCAGAUGGAAUUGUGUGAAGAUCGGCUGGCCCAGCUAGCUCUGAAGGAGGAACUGAAAAAGCAACAGAAGAAGGAGGAGCAGAUGUUUGCAGAGCUCUGGAAAGAGGAUAGGCUGGCAAAGGAAAAGCGGGAGGUGGCAGCCAUGCAGAAAUUCACAGAACAGAACCGGGAAAUCCUGAAUACACUCAGUUCUCAGGUAGCGAUGCUGAAUGUUCACAAAGAAGAGGCAAAGCGCUUGAAGGAGGAAGAGGCUCGAUUGUUGGAAGAACAGAAGCAACUGCUUAAGCUGGAACAUGAACAACUUAAGAUGGAGAAACGACAGAAGCAGAAGGAAUGUAGGGAUACGUUGCUUAGUGCAGCACAGGAAAAACAGAAGCGUCUUAAUGAAGAAAAACAAGGUGAACUUGCCCUGGAGAUGAAGAUAUUAGAAAAAUGCCUUCAGGAACCCCAGGAAUGCACCAAGGAGAAAACAAAAAGAAAACAAGAGCUGAUGAAGGAACAACAGACUUACCUGGCAUACCUGGCACAGCAGCUGGAGGAGGAGAAACAGCGAGAAAAAGAAGUGGACAAGGUCUUCAGUGAAGACAUUGAGAAGGUUUGGGCCAAGAAGGCUGAGCAAAUGCGAUUAGAAGAGGAGGGCAGAAGGCUUCUAAUGAAAGAUGUCCUGACUACAAGACAAAUGCAGAUUGAGGAGAAGUUGAAGAGAAAUGCAAAGGAGCAGGAAGAACUCGCUCAAGAGAGGAAGUUAUUAGAGGAGGCAGCCACAGAAUUAGAACUUGUGGAAGAAGAGAGAUCUGCAAGAAAAGCAAAGGAAGGAAGAGAAUACCAAGAGCAACUCAGGGCUCAAAUUGCUGAUCGACAGCAGGCCCGCGAGGCUGAGGAAGAAGAGAAGCAGCAAGAACAUGAAUCACGUCUAGCAGAAGAGAGAGCAUACCAAGAGAGGGUACGGGACAUGCUAUCAAGGCCUUGUGAAAAAUUAGCAAAGACGCAUCCUUUGAGAAGAAAACUAAUGUGUAACUUUCAAGAUCAUUUACAAUGAUUUUUUUAGCUCAUUUGGUUGCCUUAAAAAACAUUUUCUAAGGAUGCUUGUAACUAACUUGAGUUAGCAGACUCCUCUCCUGGCAAAUACAAGAAACGUGGUAUUUUAAAGGUUAUUUUUUUUCUUGUAUUGGAUUUUCUUUGACAAAAUGACUGAUCCAAAUCUAAAUGUUUGACAUUUUAAAUACAAGGAGACUAUGUGUUCUCUGCUGUACACCAAUGUGUCCUUAUGGCAUGAACGAAGUGCAAGCAGUCCUUUAAAAUCUGCAUAAAGAAAACUUUGUAGAAGUGUUUCAGCAAACUGCUAUUAAAACAUCUUUCAGACUGCACAUAUUUGCAAAACCUUUUUUUUUAUAUUUAGACAAAAAGUACUUGGUGAUUCAUCUUCAUUUCCCUUGUUAAGUGUAGGACUAUGAAUCUAUUUUACUGUGGGCUGGACAGUUCAGAGCUGAUAUUGCUGUAUGUACGUUCUCACAGCUGUUGAACGAUCUGUGGAGAACUAGAGUCCCAAAGCUCAUCCACGAGACAACUGCUUGGACAGAAUUAAUGGUGGAGGACUGAAGUCAUCCUUUUCUUGCAAAAAGGGUGAUUAUUAAUAAUUUUGAUGGCAACUAUGCCUUGGAUUACCACCAACGCCAUAGUCUGAAUGCACAGAGUGGGAAGGUAGAGCACCAACAACACUGGAAGACAGAGCAACACAGCUCAUGGCUGGAUGUCAGCAGGAAUGUCUUGGAAAGGGUUCAGCAGAGAGAAGGGAUGCGGCCUCACUGGCCUCUCAGCUCCUCCUUUAAUGGCUGGAUGUCCCUUUAGGCAGGAGGAGCAGUUAGUGACACAAGGAGAAGAGGUAGGAGCAAUCGCCCAAUCCCCACAGCACUGCCCUCUACCUGCUUCCUGGUGUGUAUUCCAUUAGUUUUCCCCCUGUGCUUUUGAGAGUACAGAAUGCAUGUAUGAUCUCACAUCCUUUCUUGCUUACAGAUUUCGUGGCAUUCAGAAAUGUUUUAUCUUCUUUCUCAUAUUUUUCCACUUGAACCUUUGCUGCUGCUCAUCUGCAGAUGUUUCUCCUUCUUCAGCUUUUCAGCUCCUACCAUCUCUCCUCCAGCCCCUGCUUUCCAACCCUUUUCUUCUCCAACUUCCAUCUCUCACUAAGCGCUUUGCUGCCUUCUUCCUCUUCCCUAUCUCCCCUUUUCAGCUUCGCUCCCUGUUGGCAAGUACCAGGACUCUUAUGCUUUUGUUGUGUGGGAGCGUGAAUGGAUGCAGAGAAGCUGAUGAAUGGCUGGGACCGGAGUCCCAUCUCCCAGACCUCUUGGAAUGAAUCAGGAAUAAACUGCUGGCACAGUUGCCUCAUCUUCUUGGUUAAAAGCAGACACCACGUUGACGAACGGUUUUUGUCUGUGGAGAAAGCCACACAGCUGUUUGCAAAGGCCACGUAG